CCUCUCUUCCGUGUUUGGACUUGCCCGUCAGACGGUGCGCAAAACAGACAAACGACCGAGCAAGGAAACACAGGGACGAGGCCCGGCCGGCUGAUGAUGGGACGAGAAGGAAGAUGGGCGUUUGCGCGAGCCCAGAAGCGGACGACGCACCAGACGACCGCAGGAGCUCCAAGUUUAGCGCAGAAGAGCCCGGCAGCGACUGCACCUGGUGGGUGUCGGGCGCGCGAUGGGGGGGGCUAGGAGGGGCGAGUUCGCGGAGGUGGUUGGCUGGAUGAGUUGGGAGCAGGCGGGUCAGCCUGAUCGUGGGCGAGAGCGCGAGCACCAGCGUCAGCGUCAGCAUGCACUUCUGUGCGUGCGUGGAUGUGUGCUUUUGGGUGCGAGUGCGAGCGCGUGUGGUGCUCACCAGCCUCACCGCACGCCGGGCCACUGUUGUGCCAGGCAGACGAUGCAGUCGGCCGAUCAAUCGCGGCCCAGCAGUGGCUCUGCACGACCUCGCCUUCUGACUGCUGCUCAGCUCCCGUCGCUCGCUCAACGGCUCCGCAAAAAACGCCCAAGGCAGACGCGUCCGGGACGUGCGAAAGAUAAAAAUAUAAUGGAACGUCAGAAGAGAGGCUUCGAGACAAGAGUCGAACGCUGCUCGUUCGGGAAGCAGGCCCGGCCAAAGACGACCAAACUGCCAAAAAAAAGACGCUCGUAAAGGCGCAAAAGCGUGGAGAGGUGCAAAGCGCACGUAUGCUUCCCCCCUUCAGCGAGAGAGGAUCGUCGCAAAAGAAGAGAAGAAGAGCAAGACAAGAGGCAGAGCGACAGGCCUCAACAGACGAUUUGGCGGCGCCCAAAGGAAGAAAGGGCAGCGAGUCGUGUGUGUCUUUCUCACCAGCGAAGAUGCGGCGGUGUAGUAAUAGUGACAAUGAUAGUAGUCGUCGCAAGUGGUUCUCGCUCGGUCCCCAACAAGC